UGUACAUACCAAGGGGGAUCACUCUAUGUUGAUAAACAAAAGACGGAUCAGUUUUUUAAUUUAAACUUUGUUUUUGAUCGCUGACAGAUAAAAUGAACGACUUAAACUUUUCAGAAAGACCAUCAGCAGAUUAUUGCACAAAAAUGUCUAUUGAAAAUUUACUGUCUGAUAGUGAUUCUACAGCAACUGACACAAAAUUGGUGUUUCUCUCGGGAUUAAUGUCUGCUAUUGAAAACAAGCAUGACAAAAUAAACGAAUGCAGUUCCUUCCAUCAACUCUUUCAAAAAGGAGAGUGGAGGGCGAAUUUGUUUAAUUUACUGAAAUCCUGUUUAACUGUAGAAAAGAAUAGAUAUGUUAUUUUCACUGCAAGAAAAGUACUCACAUGCCUUGUAAAGAAUUUCAACUCACAGGAAGGAGUGAAAGUAAUACAACAAAUAUUUGAUACCAAUGAUCAUCUUGAGCAAAUUCAUACAGGACUACAAAUCUGUAAAGUUUUAUUUUCUAAGAAAAAUGCAAACCAUGAGGCAAUGGUCUGUCAGCUGGGACACUUAGUAACUAGAGCUUGGCAAACUUUAAUAACUAUGAUUCGGGAUGAUAACAUAUAUAAUCAAUGCUUGUUAGAAUUAUUUUCUGUGUGUAUAAAACUUGCAAAAAUUGUUUUGACAAAAACUAUGACGAACGAACCUGCGCUUAUUUUAAAAGUUAUACUGGGCAAUGGAGAAGAUUUUAAUCAAAGUCUGUUUGACAAAUCUAUUAAGACGUAUGUGAAGACAAAACUAAUGAAUUUCCUAUAUGUUAUCAUGAGACAGAGUGAUUUAACAAACAUUACAAUGUUAAGUGAUGAGAUUUUCAGCAUUUCUGUUUCUCUAUUUAACAAACUAUUAUCCUGGGAUUUGUCAAGCAUUUUAAAGAAAAGUGGACGGACUACAUUUAUUGGGAAUUCUCUAGAUGUAACUGAUAGUUUAACAUGUGACAUUGGCCACAUUAGAGACUGGACGUUCCUUUGUUUUUGUUUAUCAUCUUGUUUAAUACAUCAGGAAGGUAUGUGUUUUUAAAAAUAAUUUCUCUCAGUUUUGUCAAUGGGAUGCAUCUAAUAUUUGAACUAAAAGAGCAUUUCUGAAAGAGCAUUUCAAAGGAGGUCUCUUUGGCUAGGUUGCUAAAGGCACUGACUUCAAAUAUCUUAAUCCAUGCCACUGUGUUAUAAUCCUACAAGGGACUUCCAGGAUAAUCAGCUGGGGCCAUUUUCAUGCCCCCAUUUAAAAAGUUGGGAGCAUACGGCAUAUGAUGGGGUGGUCUGUCUAUCAGUAUAGACUUACCUCCUGUUUCCUUGCCCUAUCAAUAACUUGAGAAAAGUGAAACUGUGUCUUAUAUGAUUUAUAAUUUGGUUGAGACAUUGUAAACUCUGAAACAUAUAUGUUUAAAGCCAGCACUGAUACAUAUCUGUUUACAGCCAGCACUGAUACAUAUAUGUUUACAGCCAGCACUGAUACAUAUCUGUUAAUGGCCAGAAC